GUACCUCCUCCCUCCCUCCCUCACCCACCCCGGCCCGGCCCGGCCGCCGCCGAUGCUCCUCCUCGCCGAGGAGACGGAUAUGGGUGGCGCCGGAAGGUUUCCUCGGACUGGCCAGGAUCCCGUCAGCUGCUCUUCUAUACUUCCGUAGCUGGGCAGGCGCGAGCACGAGCACGAACACCAGCACCAGCGCGAGAUCUAUGCACAUGUUGUAUGUGCCAAGAUCUGCAAGCAUAUGUAUCAUGUAUAUGCGUGUAGAACCAAUAAAGUUUUCAUCAGGUGUCUAGAUCCUCACUGAAAGGGGCUUCCGUGGUACCAAGCCUUGGUAAUGAGCAAGUGGAACCAGCAUCUAGUACUUUCCCAAUGAACCAAGGAUUCAAGUGUUGUUACCAUUGCAGUUGGAGUGGCUGUACCGAUGCAAAAGCAGCCAGUGAAGCUGACGGUUCCCGCUUGGUUUCUGAACUAGUACUGUGCAUGGUGCCCUUGGUCAAGUUUGGGGAUCAAAAGACUUCCAAGUUAUGCUCAAACUCUCCCAAUGAUCCAAGGAUUGCAAUUGGAGCAGCAUGUACAGAUGCAAAAGCAACCAAGCUGAAACUGACGGUUUCCCCUUUGUUUCUCAACUAGUAUUGUGCUGGCUUGCUCAAGUUUGGGAAUCAAAAGGCUUCCAAGUUAUGCUCAAACUCUCUGCGGAAAACAAAGGAAAUGGUGAGAAGAAGGGCACAACUCUGAGGCUACCUGAUCACGAGCAAUGGACUUUCAGUGAUGGGAUGCUUCAGUAUUUUUCCUUUUUUCUCGGUGCUGUUUAUUACAUAGCUUGCCAUUACUCUUGGUACAACAAAAUUUCAAUAAAUACUCUUGGUAACAACACAACGUGCACACGCGGGCUCCACAAUGGCAGAACGGAAAACUCAAGUCGUUAACAGUUGUGCAUCACAUGGCUGUUGGCAGUAUGGUUAAGUGACCUGACAAGACCUGAAGGGAACAAAAAAGACAACACCAAAUUGGUCUCAAUUGGAGCUAGCAUGCUCUAGUUCGUCCACAAAAGCAUUAGAUGUUGUGAGUUGCUGCAGAACACCAAACUUCAAAGCAGAUUGUUUGAACAGCCGCAGAUUAGACCAGAGCUAUGCAUGGGGUGGAGCUAGCUGUGGAUUUCGGGAUAUGUGUCGCCCUUGGCUACAUACAUGUGACCUUCGGAUUGGACCGAACAACAAAAGUUUUACUAUGACGCAAGCUGAAUACCCAUGAAUACAUGUAGGCCCGCCAGUGGCUACGGUGCCUCCAGCAAGUCAUCUAGGUUUUGGCAGACUCCAGGCUCCAGCGCCUCCAGCACUUGGCCGCCGUGAACGUCCAGCAAGCUCCCUCCCCCGCCUGCCUCGUACCCAACUUAUUUCCUCCAAAAGUUGCAUCUAGGGUGGAAGCAUGUCCAAUGAAGAGGUUGCCACUUCUGUCAUGGCAUCGUCCCCAAUUUUAGACAAACACCAUUUUCCCAUGGUCAGACGCCAGUAUCAACAGCCCUAUGUGAAGUCCCUCUCGACCAUGUUGCUUGGUCUGAGUGGCGCAACAUUGAAGUGUAAGAGAGGCAUAAAACUGAGCCCGGGAGAAAGUUUUACUUAUGGAGAGAAGUCAGAGAAAGAAAAUGACAAGAAGAGUGAGGUGCCAAAGGAGAAACUCCCCCUCAAUCAGAUGCCGCAAGAGAAGCUCCCACUCUAUAUCUAUGAGGCUGGAGUGAGUCCUAAGCACGCGAAGACCAUUAAAGACACGCACAUAUAUGUCAAGCGUGCUUGUGAGGGUACUGUGCUGGUCGGUACCUUAUCUGCAAAACAGCCAUGUAUCCCACUCGAGCUCACUUUGGGUGAACACUGUGUGCUCACACAUGACUCCGUAAGGAGGGACGUGUUCUUCAAUGGGUUUUGCUUCACCAAUCCGGAGCCUGUCACAUUUGAAGCAAAAGAGUUAUGGGUUGAUGAGGUGCCCCCAUCUCAAGAGAUUAACAUCAAUCCUCUUGACGAGGGAAAGGAGUAUCACCUUUUGGAGGUUUACUCGAAGGAAAACACAAACAAGAGUAUAAAUUUUCAUUUUCGCUGUAAGGAGAGAACAUUACUGGGUGAGCUUGUAGGUUGCAAUCGUACCCAGUUAAACUCCGUGUUUGAUGAUGUGGUUAGCUUAUCACACAAUUCACAUAUGACGAGUGUGUUCUUCUCUGGCUACACGGUGCCCAGCCAACCGUUUGACUUUAAACUAAAAGAGUUGAAUGAGUAUAAAGAGCCUGAUGAGCUUAAUCUAAAGGCAACUCCAAAACUAUCAUUGGACCCUGAAUACCAGUCCUACAAGGAAAGGCUUGCAAAAGUGCCCGGUGGCACUUCCAAGCAGAAGCCUGGUGCCAAUUCCAAGCAGCCAGAGGUGAAUCCGAUAACUAUGUCACCACUGACUGCUCCACUUAUCUUCACUAAUCGGGCUAGUUGCCAGUUUUUCUCUGGCAAGUCCCGUGGGCUCUUCUGGGUCGCAAAGCAAAAGCUUGAGGAUUGCAAUAACAUGGUGGCCGAAACUCCUUUGAAGACAUCUGCUUCCAAGAAGAAGGCAAAGAUCUUCUGGGGAGUUGUCGUCAAGCCUGGAGAGAAAAAAGAGUGUGACCCAGGAAAGUCAUAUCGUCAUUUAUCGCAGAUAGCAUUGGAGAUUAGGACUGAAGAGAAUGUGGAAGUUUUCGUGGAGACUGAUGAUAAAUGUAUUAUGCUUGGAACACUUUCAGCUGAUAAUGAUCCUCAUUUUGAAACCAAUCUGGUGCUCAAAACGAAGUUUAAACUUUGGCAUUCGUCAAGGACCACGAACAUCUGCUUUACUGGCUACAAAUUCAAUAUUAUGGACAGAUAUAACACAUCUACCAAAGAAGGUAAUGAAUCUCACGAGGAUAUUUCGUUACUAAUUCCACUCGACCCCAACACGGAUGCUGCACAUGGUGCCAAUCAGCUUACUGCACCAAGGCCUGCUGAUGCCCCAUCCUCUGGACCAAAGGAUACAGUUGAGGAACCAACUAGUCCUGCAAAGCCAAAGGGAGAUGAUAAGGGCAAGACUGUUACACAGAAUCAAAGUGAUGACGAUGAUAGUGAGAGUUCUGAAGAUGUGGAUUCUCCUAGAAAGGUCAAGAAAAGGCCAAUGGGAACACUGCCGAAGGCACCUCAGGGGAAGAAGACAAAGAUAGAAACACAAACUACGAGCAACAAAACUGGAGAACAGGCUUGUAACACAAGUGACUAUGUCAAGGCAGCUGGAAGCAAACAUGCGUCAAAGCAGCCCACGUCUCAUACCUGCAGUUUAUGCAGCAGGCAUUUCAGCUCCCCAAUGGCUCUCAGAGAUCAUUCCAAGGCGAAGCAUGGGUCCGCCGACUCAUCUUAGGCAUAUCUAUCGUGGGCAGAGUGAGAUGUUAGCUAGUAGGAUAGGGGCGGGGUCCUGGUUAACUGAAAAUUUUGGUAUCGGUGACGCAGAUAUGGUGUGGAUAGAGGUCGCCUUUUCUGGCAUUGCUUGGCACGCAUAAUCGGGAGUUUUCUCUCUUCUGUCUCCGUUCUGGACUUGUUGUUGGUGCUAUCCUAGAAUUAGAAAUGCUGUUAUGUGUGCUGGAUUCUGAGAUCAGUGGUAAUUAUUUCGGUUGGUCUCUACUCUCUACUA